AUUACAACGGACCUAAAGUAGAUAUUUGGGGUUUGGGUUGUAUUUUAUACAUUCUGUUGUACGGAAACAACCCAUUCAUGCAAAUCAAUGACAGCGAAACGUUGUGCAGGAUCCUUGACUGCACCUACUCGACCCCUUCCCGGCCCUCAAUCACAGAAUCUGCUAUAGAACUCAUCAAAUCAUUGCUCAAAAGAGAUCCCAAUAAUCGACUCAAAAUUGAAGAGAUAACUACUCAUCCGUGGCUUAAAGAGUGCGAAGAUCUUAGUUUCGAUGACAUCACAUAUUCGGUGAAACUGCCAACAGUUCCCAAGAAUGUGAAACAUUCGGUUCAUAACCGAGUAAUCGAUCAAAUGGUGGACAAAGGUGUGGGCGAUUCCAAAGAGCACAUCGAGAAGGUGUUGGAAAGUGUGUUAUCAGAGACGGCAGAGCACACGACCACCAAAUCGGUGAGUCCGACGCCUAUGAACGGCGACUCGAUUGGUGUGAAUGGCUCGCGACCGCAGAGUAAUGUGAAUCACGAGCACUAUAUUAAGGCCACGUAUCAGCUGCUGAAAGACAAGUCGAUGCGUGAGUUUCACGGUUUGCAGCAAAACAACAGUUCAGUGAAU